CUCCGCCUCUCCAAACCCUAGAAGCCAACCUUGCCUCCUGCGCCUCCACAUCCGCCGCCUUCCCCACGAGAACGCAGAUCCGCCUCGGUGAGAAUCCGUCGCCAUGUCGUCCAGCGAGGUCGCCUGCACCCUUGCCGCCCUCAUCCUCCACGAUGACGGGAUCCCCAUCACAUCUGAGAAGAUCGCCACCGUCGUCAAGGCCGCAGGCAUCAAGGUUGAGGCCUACUGGCCCGCGCUCUUCGCCAAGCUCCUCCAGACCCGCAGCGUCGACGACCUGAUCCUCUCCGUCGGAUCUGGUGGUGGUGGUGCUGCACCUGCUGCCGCUGCACCUGCUGCAGGCGGUGCCGCAGCUGUCGAGGAGAAGAAAGAGGAGAAGAAGGAGGAAGCCAAGGAGGAGAGCGAUGAUGACAUGGGCUUCAGCCUUUUCGACUAAGCAGUUCCAGUCCUGCUUUCAUAUGCGAAAUCGCCUGUUAGGCUAUAAGACUCUUAUGUUGUUCCUUUAGAUCAAAGUUUGGAGGAUUUGAUAUGUCAUGUUAUUCUGAAUUUAGUACCCUUGCAAUGAGUACGUCGAACCUCCGUGGAUGUGCUUGGUGUCCUAUCCUAAGAUGUGCUACUCGUUGAGUAUCAGUGUUCAGAUUAAGUCUCAAAUGCUGUGUUUUCUGA